AUGAUAACUACCUUUUCUGUGUACAUUACCAAUGCACAGGAAAAUGGUGUUCAAACAGUGAAGCAUAUACAUAAAGGUAGAAAUCCGCUAUCUGCAAAUGAAAUUUAUUUCACUGGGAAGUACCUAGUGUCAGGUAUUAAGAUUGGCGUCGUGGCUGGUAUUAUAGCAUUAACGGAAUCAAUAGCAAUUGGAAGAACAUUUGCAUCAGUCAAAGACUAUCAAAUUGAUGGAAACCAAGAAAUGGUGGCCUUAGGACUGGUGAAUAUUGUUGGUUCAAUGACUUCUUGUUAUGUAACUACAGGUGCUUUGGCUCGCUCAGCUGUGAACUUCAUGGCAGGUUGCCAAACUGCUGUCUCCAACAUUGUGAUGGCUAUCGUCGUUUUACUAGUUUUAGAACUGAUCACCCCCGUCUUUGAGUAUACCCCAAUUGCCGUUAUUUCUUCUAUCAUUAUUUCGGGCAUAUCUGGCCUGAUCGACAUUGAGGCUGCACUGCUCAUAUGGAAGAUAGAUAAAUUCGACUUCACUGCUUGCCUAGGAGCCUUUAUUGGUGUGGUUUUUUACUCUGCUGAGAUUGGACUCUUAAUUGCAGUCUUCAUAUCCUUUGUUAAAAUACUCCUACAAGUCAUAAGGCCACGUACUGCAAUACUGGGAAAUAUUCCCAGAACAACAGUCUACAGGAACAUCCAACAAUAUCCGGAGGCGACCAAGGUUCCCGGUGUACUUAUUGUGAGAGUUGAUUUUGCAAUAUACUUUUCCAACUCCAAUUAUGUCAGGGAAAGCACAUAUUCUUAUGAAAACCAUCUUCAUAAUAUGGUGCAUAAUGUCACAGCGGUUACUGACAUUGAUACUAGUGGCAUCCAUGCCUUGGAAGAGCUAAACAGGAGUCUCCAGAAGAGAUAUGUUCAACUUGUCAUAGCAAAUCCGGGACCAGUGGUGAUGGAAAAACUUCAUGCAUCCAAGUUUAUAGACUUGAUCGGAAACAAGAAUAUCUUCCUUACAGUCAGAGAUGCCGUGGAAACAUGUGCUCCUAAGAUGAUUAAGAGUUUUCAGAAGAAACCCAAGAAAACCCUUUAUUUUUUUUUCUUCUCUUCCAAUUCUUUAUGGGUCUAUCUCCGCCUGCGUGUGCGGGAGAUUAUUGUGUUUGUUUCGUCAAUGGCUGUUCCUUCGAACGUCCCUGCACCUGCUUCACUUUAUGUUGGAGACCUUCAUCCUGAUAUCACCGAUGGACAACUCUUCGAUGCCUUCUCUGUCAUCGAUAACCUUGCAUCUGUCAGGGUUUGA